UCAGCCCUGCUGGUACCAGUUCCUGAGACCAUCAUGGGACCGGAAGGUAGCCUUCUGCAUAGUGGACAGGUGCACAUCAUCAUCUGGGGGAGUUUGGCAGCUGUUGCAACUUUCCUGCUCAUUACCUUCCUCAUCUUUCUGUGUUCCAGUUGUGAAAGAGAAAAGAAACCAAAACAACAAAAUGGUGACCAUGAGAACUUGAUGAAUGUGCCUUCAGAUAAGGAGAUGUUCAGCCAUUCGGUCACCAGUCUGGGUACUGAACUCCCUGCUAGCAGUGAACAAAACGGGGGCCUUACCAAUGGAGACAUUCUUUCAGAAGACAGUACCGUGACAUGCAUGCAACAUUAUGAAGAAGUACAGACUUCUGUUUCUGACCUGUUGGAUUCCCAGGACAGUUCAGGAAAGUCAUCAAAAUGUCAUCAGAGCCGGGAAUUACCCAGAAUUCCUCCCAACGACACCUUGGAUACCAUUCUUACCACAAGAAAUGUGGACAACGACCAGGGUCUUGGGAUGGAGGGACCAUAUGAAGUUCUCAAAGAUAGUUCCUCACAAGAAAACAUGGUAGAAGAUUGUCUGUAUGAAACCGUGAAGGAAAUAAAGGAAGUGGGAACAGCGGCCAACCUAGAAAAAAGCCAAAAUGGAAGACCAAAUUCUGUAACUGCCUUUAAAGAGAUUCAGGACUCUAAACCCAUGAACAAAGUUGAGUCUGCAGAAUAUGCCUCUGUGGACCGAAAUAAAAAAAGUCGACAGAGUGUCAAUGCAGAGAGUAUCCUUGGAAAUUCUUUAGAUGUGGAGGAAGAAGCACCGCCACCUGUCCCUGUAAAACUCCUUGAUGAGAAUGAAAAUGUACAGGAUAAAGUAGAAGGGGAGGCAGCAAAUACAGGGGCCACGGAGAGCACAGAGAGUCAGAUCAACAAGAGACUUAGUUCGCUGUCUUACAAGUCUCGAGAGGAAGACCCAACUCUAACAGAAGAGGAGAUUUCUGCCAUGUACUCCUCUGUGAGUAAGCCAGGACAGACUCUGAAAGUGCCAGAUUCCACGUACUCCUGCAUCCAAGACGUGGCCCCAAAGAGAUCCCCAUCUUCCGGCAAUGAUCUCUAUGCCACUGUGCGGGACUUUGAGAAAAAUCCAAACAUGAGCAUGGCUCCCCCGACAGCCCAUUCCAACGGGGAACCAGAACCCGACUACGAAGCAAUCCAGUCCUUAAACAGAGAUGAAGAAAAGCCCGUGUCCAUGACUAACGGUAACCACAUCACUUUCCCAAAAGAAAAUGACUAUGAGAGUAUCGGGGACUUACAUCAGAGCAAAGAUAUCACCAGACUUUAAUGCCCAGAUGGAAUUUUUUUUCACAUGAUUCUAUCAGCCGUUUGGGAAUGUUUCUCUAUUUGAAGAAAAACAAAAGGUCAUCCUAAAUGACAAAUUGUGCAUUGCUUUAGAGACCUGGACCGAUGGGGAGAGGCAAUAACCAUUUUCCAACUUUUCCGAGCAAUAAGGUACACACAGAUACACACAUAGGUUAAAAAAAAAAAAAAAAAAAAAAGCCGAUGUUUCAUCCCUCUCUCCAAAGUGGUUCGUUUGCUCUUGAAGAUCAAAAAGUGAGGAGAGAUCCAGUAUUUUCAAAUGAACCCUAUUCACCCUAAUAUCCAUCACUUGCCUAAAAUACUGCCUUUCAGAAGAGCCAGCUGUUCAUUGUUUUUGCUCCUCACUGAAAAAAUUUACAUGUGUGGCUGUUGUUCUUCUCAUCUCCAAACAGAACGACUCAUCCCAAGGAUUUUCUCCCCCAGGGUUUGGGAUUUUCCCUCCAGCAUAGACCCAGUUGGAUGAUGAGGAAGUAACUGUGGCUAGCUUGUUCACCAUUCCAAUCUUCAGGGCUCCUUAGGGAGCUGCUUCUUCAGAAACUGGAGAGUCAAACUCCAGCACAUGGAUAGGAUUGGAGACUUUCUGUGAGUCUCUUCAGAGUUUGAUCCCUUCUUAUGUUGGCACUCCACUCGUGGCCUAUAUACCAAAAGUACUUGAAUUCAGUUUUAGAUGCUUUAUUUUAUUUUUCUAGUCAAAAACUUUUUUCGGUAUUUUAAGAAGAAUCAGAAUUUUUUCAGUAUUUUAAGAAUGUUAUGGUACUUACAGAAUUCUUUUUAAUUAGCCGGGAACUCAUUAUUUCAAACAGAGAGCCUUAAUCUUUAUGUUUGGACACAGACCACCUAUUUGGACAGUG